GGGUGAGAGUUGUGAAGCCCCGAGCUGGGCCCGGGCAGCAGAGCACUAGGGAGCGGGAAGCGGGGAGCAGAGCCUUGAGAGUGAGCCUCCCCCCCACCCCGCAGUGCCCGGCGGGCAGUGCCAAUUCCCGGAGCCCAGAGCUGGGGGGAGGGCCGGGCUGUCCCGGCCCUGCCCCCUCCCGCCUCGGGCUGCCCAGCAACUUCGGCAGAAAGUUUGGCAUCGGCUGCGGUGCCGAGGAUGGGCAGGGACGUGCUGGCCUGGUGCUUGGUGCUGAGCUGCUGGGGGUGUGCAGCCCCCUGGGGCGCACAGGCUGGAGGAAACCCCUUUGUGAGGAGUCCCGGGAAUGUCACAGGGGCCCGGGGCCUCAUGGGCUCCCUUCGGUGCGAACUCCAGGUGCAGGAGGAGCCCCCAGAGGUGAUGUGGCUUCGGGACGGGCAGGUCCUGGAGCUGGCGGACAGCACCCAGACGCAGGUGCCCCUGGGCGAGGACGGGCAGGACGACUGGAAGGUGGUCAGCCAGCUCCGAAUCUCCUCGUUGCAGAUCUCAGAUGCAGGCUGGUACCGGUGCGCUGUGGUCCUGGGUGGGAAGACGUUUGUGUCCCAGCCUGGCUACGUGGGACUGGAGGGCUUGCCUUACUUCCUGGAGGAGCCGGAGGACAGGGCGGUGGUCGCCAACACCCCCUUCAAUCUGAGCUGCGAGGCCCAGGGGCCCCCCGAGCCCGUGGAUCUCCGCUGGUUCCAGGACGCCACAGUCCUCCUGCCCCCUGCGCCUGGGUCCGGCCCCCAGUACACGCUGCACCUUCCCGGUCUGAACAAGACGUCUUCAUUCUCCUGCGAAGCCCAUAAUGCCAAGGGUGUCACCACAUCGCGCACAGCCACCAUCACAGUGCUUCCCCAGCGGCCACACGACCUCCACGUGGUUUCCAGCCAGCCCACCGAGCUGGAGGUGGCUUGGACCCCAGGCCUGAGCGGCAUCUACCCUCUCACCCACUGCACCCUGCAGGCUGUGCUCUCGGAUGAUGGGGUGGGCGUCUGGCUGGGAGAGCCGGACCCCCCUGAGGAGCCCCUGAGCCUGGAAGCGUCGGUGCCCCCUCACCGCAUGCGGCUGGGGAGCCUGCGCCCGCACACCCCCUACCACCUGCGGGUGGCCUGCAGCAGCGCCCAGGGCCUCUCCCCCUGGACACACUGGCUGCCUGUGGUCACGCCCCAGGGAGCGCCCCUGGGCCCCCCUGAGAACGUUAGCGCCAGGCGGAAUGGAAGCCAGGUCCUCGUGCUAUGGCAGCAGCCCAGGGCGCCCCUGCAGGGCACCCUUUUAGGGUACCGGCUGGCCUAUCGAGGCCAGGACACCCCUGAGGUGCUCAUGGACAUAGGGCUAAAGCAGGAGGUGACUCUGGAGCUGCAGGGGGAUGGGACUGUGCCCAACCUGACGGUGUGUGUGGCAGCCUACACCGCCGCCGGGGAUGGGCCCUGGAGCCUCCCUGUGCCCCUGGAGCCCUGGCAGCCAGGCCAAGAACAGUCCAUCCACCAGCUGGCAGUGAGUGAACCCCCAGCCCCUGCCUUCUCGUGGCCCUGGUGGUAUGUACUGCUGGGAGCAGUUGUGGCCGCUGCAUGUGUUCUUAUUCUGGCCCUGUUCCUCAUGCACCGGCGGAAGAAGGAGACGCGCUAUGGAGAGGUGUUUGAACCAACCGUGGAAAGGGGCGAGCUGGUGGUCAGGUACCGCGUCCGAAAGUCCUACAGUCGUCGGACCACUGAAGCCACCUUGAACAACCUGGGUAUCAGCGAGGAGCUGAAGGAGAAGCUGCGGGACGUGAUGGUGGAUCGGCACAAGGUGGCCCUGGGCAAGACCCUGGGGGAAGGAGAGUUUGGAGCUGUGAUGGAGGGUCAGCUCAACCAGGACGACUCCAUCCUCAAAGUGGCUGUGAAGACAAUGAAGAUUGCCAUCUGCACCAGGUCUGAGCUGGAGGAUUUCCUAAGUGAAGCCGUCUGCAUGAAAGAAUUCGACCACCCCAAUGUCAUGAGACUCAUUGGUGUCUGUUUCCAGGGUUCGGAACGGGAAGGCUUCCCGGCGCCCGUGGUCAUCCUCCCCUUCAUGAAGCACGGAGAUCUUCACAGUUUCCUCCUCUACUCUCGCCUCGGGGACCAGCCAGUGUUCCUGCCCACACAGAUGCUGGUGAAGUUUAUGGCCGACAUCGCCAGUGGCAUGGAGUAUCUGAGCACCAAGAGGUUUAUCCACCGGGACCUGGCUGCCAGGAACUGCAUGCUGAAUGAAAACAUGUCUGUGUGCGUGGCCGACUUUGGGCUCUCCAAGAAGAUCUACAACGGAGACUACUACCGCCAGGGGCGCAUUGCCAAGAUGCCGGUCAAGUGGAUUGCCAUCGAAAGUCUGGCCGACAGAGUCUACACCAGCAAAAGCGAUGUGUGGUCCUUCGGGGUGACCAUGUGGGAGAUUGCCACGCGGGGCCAGACCCCAUAUCCGGGUGUGGAGAACAGCGAGAUCUAUGAUUACCUGCGCCAGGGGAACCGCCUGAAGCAGCCGCUGGACUGUCUGGAUGGACUGUACGCUCUGAUGUCUCGGUGCUGGGAGCUGAAUCCCCGGGACCGGCCAAGUUUUAUGGAGCUGCGGGAAGAGCUGGAGAACACGCUGAAGGCCCUUCCUCCUGCCCAGGAGCCCGAUGAGAUCCUCUACGUCAACAUGGAUGAGGGCGGGGGUCCUUCAGAACCUCUCGGAGCUGCUGGCGGCGCUGACCCCCCCACCCAGCCUGAACCCAAGGAGUCUUGCAACUGUUUCACCUCGGCUGAAGUCCAUCCUGCUGGACGCUACGUCCUCUGCCCUUCUACGGCCCCUGGUCCCAUGCUACCUGCUGACAGGGACUCCCCUCCUAUACCCCCAGAACAGGAGGAUGGGGUCUGAGAUCAUUUGGCACGUGGACUCCUCAAGACCCAAGCUUGGCACUGCCACUGGGGUAGGGGGCCUUUCCCCUCCCCCAGCCCCUUUCCAACUCCACCUCUUCCCCCCACCCACCUCUGCAGCUCCUCUUCCUGACUCUGCCACUUUCAUCCCAGACACAUUCUGCUCCCUUCCACAUCUUAGCGCCUGCCUGUAUAAGAGAAAGGGUUGGCCUGUGACCAACCUCAGCGUCCUUCCAACUCGGACAUUUCAAGGUUCUGGAUUCUAAAGUUCGAAGAAUCUCCAUUCAAAGGUUCUAAGUCUCAAGGAAUCUUUGGUUCCUCAGGAACUGCCCAAUUUCCAAAGUCUCUUAUUCUAAGGUCCUAAGACUCUAGACCCAGAAGUCCUAAUUGUCUGGGGUUGGAGCAAUAGCACAGCAGGUAGGGUGUUUGCCUUGCACGCGGCCGACACGGGUUCGAUUCCCAGCAUCCCAUAUGGUCCCCCGAGCACCGCCAGGAGUAAUAUUUCUGAGUGUAUAUGAGUCAGGAAUAACCCCUGAGCAUCGCUGGGUGUGACCCAAAAAGAAAAAAAAAAAGUCCUAAUUGUCUAAGGCUGAGAUGCUCUGGCUCAAGAUUUUCUGGUUUUAAGAUUUUUGAUUACCACCCAACCCCACCUCCGUCCUCAUGAAAUUAUAUUCCUAGAGUUCUAAGGUUUAUAGUUACAGGAGAUUUUAGAUUAUUAUUUUUCUAAGGUCUUGAAUCCUGGGUGUAUAGAUGCUACAUUUCUAAAAAUUGCUACAGUUCUAGGUCUGAAUGUUCUAAGGGCUAAUGUUCUAAAAUUUGAUGUCGUAUGAUUCUUAAGGGUCUAAAUCUAGAUUAUAAGGCUUGGAGAAUUUUAUCUUUGCAAAUUCUAGUGGUGGUCAAUUAUAGGUUCUUUAUGAUUAAGAUUAUAUUAAGUAUUUAUGGUUCUAAAAAUUCUUGUUAUGGGAUUUUGGAUCCCAAGGUGUUAAAUUCUAGAAUCAUCAAAAGUCUAAAAGUUUCAAGAUGAGGGUUCUAAAGUCUAAUAUUUUAAGGGGUUACAGCUUAAGACUUAGUCCUCGCACCCUAUAUUUUAGACUACAAACUGCAAGAUUCUAGAUAAUUAAACUUUGAGAUCCUAA